AUGGUCUUCUCUUCUGUCAAGCUCAACUACCUUCUUCCCAACUACGGUGGCUUCGGUGGCCCCAUCCGCAUGUUGCUUGAUGAUGCCGAGAUCAAGUAUGAAUACAACCUCAUUGACAGAGAACAAUGGCCCACCCUCAAGGCCAAGUGGACCGAAGAAGGUCUUCCUUUCGAUUGUGUUCCUAUGAUUGAAUUGGAUGGCAAGCGUUACGCCGGUACUCAACCCAUCCUCCGUUUCUUGGCAAAGAAGUUGGGCAAGUAUGCUCCUGCUGAUGCUGAUUUGGAGCAAUACGUUGAUGUUACUGCUGACUAUGCUGGUGACUGGGCUCGUGCCGUUUUCAAGGCCAUCUUCAACCCUCCUAACGGCAUUGAUGAGUACAAGAAGAACGACCUCGAAAAGUACUUUAAGCGUUUCGAUCGCAUUUAUGGUGCUCACAAGGGUCCCUAUGCUGCUGGCGAGGAGAUCUCAUACGCUGACUUUGUUGUCUAUGUUGUCAUGAACCUCGAAGCUAACAAGGACUCUAUCAAGGACUACCCCAACCUUGCUGCCUUCGCUGAAGCCAUCAAGUCCCGCUCUGGUCUUCAGGAAGCUGUCAAGCAAAUCUAA